UAUGAUGAUUUGAAACGUCGUUACGAACCGGAGGAUUCAUCAGUGGAAGACAAGUUGAUGGCUGGUUAUAUUGAUGGAACGGCGUACAGAUUCGGAAGUGCCGAAGAUCAAGAGAUGAUAAACAGUCAUCGGAAUAGUAAUCGGAAUAUGAGUAAGAACCGCAAGAGAGGCUAUUCGUUGAAUGCAUCGAAUUUGAUUUGUGGCGCAAACUGUUUCCGAUUGAACAUGGAUGAACAAUCACGCAAACAGUUGUCAACGAGCAAUAAUAAAGAACUGAAUAUCAAAACUGAAAUGGGUACAGUGGAUGAUACGAGUGCCGCGUGCAACGACCAAUGGACCAUCUCGCAGCAGUCGAUGUUUGUUGUUCUGAAACGAAUUUACAAAAAUGAUUUUUGCAAAAUAACAAAUUCAUUGAAUUGUAUCGACCCGGAUGCACCGCGCAAAACGUGUGCACAGGUUUAUGCUUAUUCACUUCGUAACGCUCCACUAUCUCCACGCGGUGAACUCUCACCAAAUUCGCCAAAGAAGAAGAAAUACAUGAAAGAUCAGCAUCGAACAUUCCGUGCAACGAAAUGGGCAAGUACUGAAGGUAAAGUGACGAAUCGACAUAAUUAUGAGCCGUGCAGUCAUAAGGGACCGUGCUCCGAUCAGAAUUGCAACUGUGUUAUUGUGGGCAAUGUUUGUGCGAAGUUGGUUUUUAUAAUAACCCUUAUUAAUUUCAUGGUGUUUAAACUUUUAUUUGUUGAUUACUAA